AGGACCGGCUCCUUCAAGAUCCGCGGUGCCCUGAACGCAGUCAGGAACCUCGUGGAGGAAAGUGAACACACUGGAAAGGAGCUGCCCCGUGCUGUCGUGACACACAGCAGUGGGAAUCAUGGGCAGGCACUUGCCUGUGCUGCGCAGGCAGAAGGGAUCCCUGCCUACAUCGUGGUGCCCCGGACAGCCCCACACUGUAAGCAAGCUGCCAUCCGUGCCUAUGGUGCCACACUGGUGCCAUGUGAGCCCAGUGACCAGUCCAGAGCUGAGACAGCAGCCCAUGUAGUCCAGGAGACAGGAGGAGUCAUGGUGCAUCCCAACCAGGAUCUGGCAGUGAUCGCUGGGCAAGGCACAAUUGCUCUGGAGGUGCUGGAACAGGCACCUGAGGUAAACGCAGUGGUGGUUCCUGUCGGAGGUGGAGGAAUGCUUGCAGGAAUAGCCAUUGCCAUCAAGGCUUUGAGACCAGAUGUGAAGGUGUUUGCUGCUGAGCCAUGCAAUGUGGAUGACUGCUACCAGUCCAAGCUAAGAGGGGAGCUGACCCCCAACCUUCACCCACGGGAUACCAUCGCAGACGCAGUUAAAACCAGCAUCGGACCAAACACUUGGCCCAUCAUCAGGGAUUUGGUUGAUGAUGUCCUGACAGUCUCAGAGGAAGAGAUCAAGAGAGCCACACGGCUGGUGUGGGAAAGGAUGAAGCUGCUGAUUGAGCCAACAGCAGGCGUGGGACUGGCGGCUGUGCUCUCGGAGCGGUUCCAGGCAGUCCCCCGGGACGUGAAGAACGUUUGCAUCGUGCUGUGUGGGGGAAACGUGGACCUGGGAUCCCUGACCUGGCUCACAGACCUCUCUGGGAAAGCAGAAUGAGACCAGAGCAGUGUCUCAAGCAAUGGAAACCUCACUCUGAAUUGGUAGAGUAGUGCACUACUAAAAACAUAUGAA